AUGCUAGACACAGCUAGCAAUGGGAACUUCCUCAACCAGGAUGUAGAUGAUGGCUGGCAACUUGUGGAGAACAUAGCUAACUCAAAUGGAAGCUAUGGAGAAGAGUAUGAUCGCACCAACCGGAGCUCGACCCACCACUCGAUCGAGUCAGACGAAAAGUUGAGAAAAGAUGUUAAGGCAUUGAAUGAGAAGUUGGAUAAGCUGAUCCUAGCUCAGUCCACAAUGAAGAAAGUCAACUUUGUGUCUGCUGAGGAGAUGGAACCAGUCCAAGAAGGGGAGGAUACACAAUUUGCUGAGGUGUGCUACAUGAGCAAUGGGCAAGGAGGUUACAACAAAGGAUACUAUAAUUACAAGUCCAACCCUGCCAUGUCAUACCGCAACACUGAUGUUGCUAACCCUCAGGACCAAGUAUAUCCUCAACAACAAGCAGCUCGAUCGAGUCAGGCUUCCCCCACCAACCGCCCCAGCCUGCACCUUCACAAGAGAAUGAGCUCAAAGGCAAUGCUAAAGCAACUACUUCAAGGGCAAGCUGAUGGGGUAGUGGACACAAGCAAGAAGCUAGCUGAAAUAAACUCUAAGAUCGAGAACCUCAACACAAGGGUUUACUCUCUGGAGAAUCAUGCUUCUUCUGUUGCUGCUGCUACAAAGCAAGGACAACUACCUGGUAAAGCUAUUCAGAACCCCAAGGAACAGUGCAAGGUCAUCUUCACUCAAGAAGGACUUGUUGAAGAAGAGGAUCAAGAAAGGGUCAUUGAAGAUUUUUGUUUACUGCUGAAUGAUGAAGAGAUUGUUGCUGCUGAGGCUCCUGGAGUCCAGAUUGAUCAACCAGAAGUGCAUGCACCUACUGUGGCCAUUCACACUUCACCAGUUGAGCUCGCACGACAAGCUCGAUCGGCAGCUCGAUCGAGUCCAACUCUAGCUCGAUCGAGUCCGACCUCUUCUGUCCGAAGCCUGUUUUGCUUGAUCCUUAUCAACCGGUUGCCGCUUCCUCGUCUCGCCUACUUAGUCAAGGUCACAAGGAAGUGA